GAGGCUGGUUCUCGGGGCGCCGCGGCUUCAGGGGGGGUGAAAGGGGGUUCAGCUGGCUUUCUGGCCCCCUCCCCACCUGAAGCGGGCAGGGACAGCACCUUGCAGGCGGCUCCAAGAAAGACCCUGCGGGACGGGGCGGUAAGCGCUCAAAACCAGGCGUUUCCAAGGACGCGCAAAAGGGGUGAAGGGCAGGUGGGUUGUUUUUUUCCUGGGGGGGGGGGAGAGAAACGGGGUUCAAGGGGUGAAGGAGAGGCUACCCGUGGCUACUACCACUAGGCAAGAGGGCUAUGAUCUACGCCGUCCCCUGUUGGAGGCAGUAAAUGCGUCUGGAUGAUAGUCGCUGCGGGGAGAGUUUCUGGUGCGCGCGGGUCGCGGUUGCGGGUUUCUCCGUCGUGGGUACCAGCUUGGCCCACCGUGAAAAGAGGGUGGGGGGGGCCUGGAUGAGUCCAGGGUCUUCUUAGGUUCUUAGCAGCGGGCUGGGAGGAAACGGGACCCCUGGGGGUGGUUUGGUGGGGGGAGAGGCGGCGGUCUCGGUUUCCAUGGUCUCAUGCGCUCGCCUCGCGCUUUUCUCCCCCAAAGGCGCAGAACAAUAGAGGCAUCUCCGCAUCAUCGCGCAGGUAAAGGGCACUCCGUUAAAAAUAAAAAUGUAUUUGGAACACAGUGGUACCUCGGGUUAAGUACUUAAUUCGUUCCGGAGGUCUGUUCUUAACCUGAAACUGUUCUUAACCUGAAGCACCACUUUAGCUAAUGGGGCCUCCUGCUGCCGCUGCACGAUUUCUGUUCUCAUCCUGAAGCAAAGUUCUUAACCCGAGGUACUAUUUCUGGGUUAGCCGAGUCUGUAACCUGAAGCGUAUGUAACCUGAAGCGUAUGUAACCCGAGGUACCACUGUAUCAAUAUAAAUUUAUAUUUGUGACAACAAAUGAAAAUGAUUUCAAAAAAUCAAAUCAAAAUCCUGGGAACUAUAGUUUCCCCCUCGGGGUGCGAUGAUUCCAAGGAGCUUUGGAGAGCUACAGUUCCCAGGAAUCUUAAGGGGCUUUGAACGCACAGUGCGUGGGCAAAUCUGAGAUCCCGUUGUGGUUUAAGAACCCUGGCGACUGAAGUUGAAGCCUUCGCAGCGCUACAGUUCCCAGCACCCUUAAUCAGCUACAGCGCCCGAGAUUCUCUUGAGGAGAAGGAAAUGCGCUUCGGAAGUACGGCGCGUACGCACCGGACCGGGACGCGGGAGAGACCUGAGUUCGAAUCCCCACUCGGCUGUGAAGCUCCCUGUCACUGGCUCUCCGCUUCACCUGCCUCGCAGGGUUGUCGUGGGGGUUAAAUGAGGAGGGGGGGGGUAAAGAACCAUGCGCGCCUCUUUGAGCAAACUGGAGAAAAAGGCGAGAUGUAAAUGCAAUCGAUUGAUUAUUCAAAAUAUUUAAAGGUGCCUUGAAUCCCGACUCGGGAAGAAGGCAGGAUAUAAAUGCAUUAAAUAAAUACAACAGAUUUGGGGCAGGGAACUUUGGAUCUUGGGAACUAGGGACUCCAGAUUUGGUGCAAGGGAUCGUGGGAACUAGGGACUCCGGGGAGGGGUUUUCCGUGACUUCUUGGAGGCGAGCUGCGUGCGGCCGCAAAAGGCAGGGCGCCAGGACUUCUGCGUUCUUCAGUAAAUGAAUGGGCGGGAGGAUCAAAGAGGCGGCAGGCGGCCCGGACUCCUGGGUUCCCCCCUCCAGCUCUGAGCUAAGUCCCUGGCAUGAGAUGGCUGUCCUGUGUGCGGUGGAUUCCCCUUUGAUGGAUGUCUCUAAACAGAGCUCCGGUGGCCAUCUGUCAGGGAUUCUUCAGCUAUGAUCCUUGCAUUGCAGGGGGGGUGGACUAGAUGGCCGCUGGGUACCCCUUCCGACUAACGAGUUCUCUAUAUGACUCCAGGACAGCCGAGCUCAUGGCAGCUCAGUCGGCAGAGCUCUCUCUCUCUCUCUCAUUUUCUAAUUUACAUUUCAAAAUAUCCAUUUAAGCAACCUUAAAUCAAAGAUUUCCUUUCUUCUCUUUCCGUGGUUCAUUUUGCAUACCAAACAUCCCUGCAUGUUUUACAUGAACGAAACCAGCAGUAAACCAUUGUUACAUCCAUCAAAACUUAUUUACACUGCUAGAUUUAUCUUAAUGCUACCAGCAUUUUUAGGGACGCGGGUGGUGCUGUGGGUUAAACCACAGAGCCUAGGACUUGCCGAUCAGAAGGUUGGCGGUUCGAAUCCCUGCGACGGGGUGAGCUCCCGUUGCUCGGUCCCUGCUCCUGCCAACCUAGCAGUUCGAAAGCACACCAGUGCAAGUAGAUAAAUAGGUAAAGGCGGGAAGGUAAACGGCGUUUCCGUGCGCUGCUCUGGUUCGCCAGAAGUGGCUUAGUCAUGCUGGCCACAUGACCCAGAAGUUGUACGCCAGCUCCCUUGGCCAAUAAAGCGAGAUGAGCGCCGCAACCCCAGAGUCAUCCGCGAUAGGACCUAACGGUCAGGGGUCCCUUUUUACCAGCAUUUUAAAAAGAACACAAUUUUCACCCAUAUAUUCAGUAAACGUUUUCCAAUCUUCUCUAAACGUAUGUUCUUCUUGUUCUCUUAUUCUAUAUGUUAAAUCUGCAAUUGCGUGUAUUCCGUCAGUUUAAGUUGCCAUGCUUCUUUGCUUGGGACCUCGCUCGUUUUCCAUUUUGGGGCUAACUAAAAACGGGCCGCAGUAGUGGCGUACAUAAAUAGUCUUUUUUGACACCCUCUGAAUUAUCCCCAGCAAAGAGGACUCUGUGGGGGGUUUUUUUGGAAAGGUACUUUUAAACAUUUUUUUUCAAUUCAUUAUAUAUCAUUUCCCAAUCCUCUUUUACCCUUUUACAAGUCCACCACAUGUGAUAAAACGUAACCUCAUUACAUCUCCAGCACUUACCCGAUUAUGACUUAAACAUUUUAGCAAGUCUACUCAGAGUUAAAUACCAUCUAUAAAUCAUUUUCAGGUAGAUCUCCUUCAAUGAAUAACAUGCUGUGAACUUCAAAUCACUCUUCCAAAGUUUCCCCCAGAGAUUCAAAUCUAUAUAUUUUGUGUGUGUGUGUGGAUAUCUCUCUCUCUCUCUCAUUUUCGUGGUCUUUUAGGUUUUCCUGCUUUUGGUGUAACUCUAUAUGCUUUUAAUUUCUUUUCUUUCUUUUCUUUUUAUAGAUCAUCUUUAUUGCAUUAAAAAAAUUACAAAAAUGAGAACAAAUUAAUCCUUACACCCACUUGUACCAAAAAGAAUACGAUACAUAAAAGAAAAUAUAAAAAGUGGAAAGGAAAAAAAAAUACUUGUCAAGUUCACAAUGUUAUUUAAGGACUACAAACCAUCGUUUAAAUAUUUGAUACACAAAAUUCAUAGCAACACAUUACCUUCAUAUUCUCGCUUUCUUUCCCCCCUCUUUUACCAUCGCAUUCUUCCUAUUCUUCUAAACUGGUUUGAGUCCCUUGGGUCUUAACUGACUUCCCUCUAUAUAUUAUGUCCUGUAUCUAUUGCCCAGCAGAGUGGGAGGCUCUUCGUCUCAGGGCUGCGGGUUCGAGUUCUGCAACGGCGGGUUGGGCUAGAUGACCUUUGGUGGUCUCCGCGAUUCUAAGGCUCUUCCCGCUCCUGUAGGUGUGAUGGCCGGGCCACGCGACCAGAGCGACGUGCGCGAGUUCACACGCCACUCCGGCGACGUCCUGAUGAACCUGAACGAGCUCCGGAAACGACACUUCCUCACAGACGUCACCUUGCGAGUGGGGGGCUGCCCCUUGCAGGCUCACAAAGCUGUCCUCACUGCCUGCAGGUGAGUGUCCCACCCUAUCUGUGUGUGUCUGUGCCACGCGUGGCCAAGGGGGUCCGCAGGAGGGCAGCGGCAGCUUGUGAAAGCGCAAGAGGGAGCGACAAGAGCAUGUGGCUGAGGAACGCUUGGUUCAGUACCGGAUUUGAGACCUUGGGCUUAAUGCUCGUCUGGAGAGAUGGGACAUUAGCCAACUGUGUGGUUAACAUUUAUCCAAUGAAAAUAGGGAUACCCUACUCCAUGGUAAUUAGGGACGCGGGUGGCGCUGUGGGUUAAACCACAGAGCCUCUUGGGCUUGCCGAUCAGAAGCUCGGUGGUUCGAAUCCCCGUGAUGGGGUGAGCUCCCGUUGCUCGGUCCCUGCUCCUGCCAACCUAGCAGUUCGAAAGCAUGUCAAAGUGCAAGUAGAUCAAUAGGUACCGCUCCGGCGGGAAGGUAAACAGUGUUAUUCUGUUGGGAGCUGCCCAGAGUGGCAGAACCACGGUCUUGCAAAGGAAACCAUGGUUUGCCCUGUGUGAAUGUCCCACAUCCCAUCAUAGAACGUGGCCGCAACUAGAGCAUGCUGGGACUUGUGGUCCUCUUGCCCUGACGCCUCUCCUCCUUCUCUGUGCCCUUUGCAGCGGGUUUUUCUACUCCAUCUUCCUGGGCCAGGGAGGCCACGAGGUCAGCGUGCUCACCUUGCCCAGUUCCAUCGAGCCCGCCGGCUUCCAGGCCCUCCUCGACUUCAUGUACACAUCCCGCCUGGUCCUCACGCCGGGCACCGUGCCAGCGGUCCUGGCUGCCGCCUCUUACCUGCAGAUGGAGCACGUGGUGGAGAGUUGCCAUCGCUUCAUCCAGGCCAGGUACGCGGGUGGGGAGGGCAAGAGGGGUGCCCCCAGAGAACAUAGCUGUCAACCGUCCCUUAUUUGGCGGGAAAGUCCCUUAUCCCAGUGCUGUGUCCCGCUGCUGUCCCUUAUUGAUGAUGUCCCUUAAAUUUCCCGGGUUUCAAAGGAAGCAGCUCCUCUCUCUCCCUCCCUCCCUCCCUGCCAGGGAGGAGGGAGGCUCCAGCUGUGUUGCUUGGUUGCAUUGUUCACCCAAUAAGGAGUCUAAGAACGACUGGGGGGUGGAGCUUGCAUGCCUUGUGCCAAUCAAAUCGGCCGCAUUGCCUGGGUACUCGCCUUUGCUCAGCACUUCCCAGCGGAGAGGUGACGGUGGUUUUCCUUGCUGCAUCCCCUUUGCCGGGUUGCUGCGCUGUGGGAACCACCGCUUGAGGCUUCAUUUGGCUGCUGGCUGGGCUUUCUACCUUUGGCUCGGAGGGGCUCAGAAGUUGAACAUACCUGUGUUUGGAAAAUCCCUUAUUUUGGCUGCUGAUCCCUUAUUUUUGAGGCUGCUGGUCCCUUAUUUUCGAGGCUGCUGGUCCCUUAUUUUCAAAUCUGUAAGUUGACAGCUAUGCCAGAGAACAAACCACAGAGAAACGGGUUGGAAGAUUCAAGGCAGGCGCAACGGAGCGCUUUUUCAGGCAGAGGAACUGCGGAACUCCCCGCCACUUGAGGCAGUGACCGCAGCCAACUUGGAUGGCUUUGAAAGAAGACUGGACCAAUUCGAAAAGGCUAUUUGGGGGAGGGCUAUUAGCCAGAACAGCUAUUCUCUGCCUCCAUAAUCAGAGGCAGCAAGUGCUUCUGUGUCCCAGUUGAUGGAAAACGCAGAAAGGGAGUGGGGUCUUGUGUUCGAAUCCUCCCUGGGGGUUUCUCAUCAUGGGAAUCUUUGAGAGCAGGACGCUGCCGGACCAGUGAAAUCAAACGUGGGAGGCAAGUCGGUGUGACAUUCGUCAAAAUAUCAGCACUCCGCCGUUCUUAAAACAUAUCUGGUACUCUUGCCUAAGGAAAUAAGCUCUGAACAGGUGCUAGGACCAGUCUGGAUAGUUAGCCUUGGUGAAGACUUGACGUUUUUAUCCCCCCAAAAGUUUUUGAUUGAGUUUCCACUGAAAUGAGGCUGCAUUUUAAUGUUUCAAUGUUGUAUUUUAAUCUUGUUUUUAAAGUUGUAUUUCAAUCAAUUGUUUUUAUAUUUGGUGUUAGCCGCCCUGAGCCCGGUCUUGGCUGGGGAGGGCGGGGUAUAAAUGAAUUUUUUAAAAAAAAUUAUUAUUAUUAUUAUUAUUGAAGCAGACCGGAGAAGGGCCCUUCCUCGUCUUAAUGGCAGCCGUGGAAAUUUGGGAAGAUGACAACAAAGGCUUCUUUAAUUCAGAAGCCAAAUCCCACUUCUCUGGUUCAGGGCAGACAAAGCAUUUUUUCCCACGCAGCCCAAUGGAACUCACUGCCACAAGACGGCUUAAAAAGAGGUCCAGGCAGAUGCACGGAGCAGCCAGCUAUUGAAGGCAACUAGCCAGAACAGCUAAGCUCUGCCGUCGCAGUCGGGGGGCGGCGGCGGCAAAUGCUUCUGAAUAAUCCCAGUUGCUGGAAGUCAGAGGUCCUGUGUUCGAAUUCUGCCAGAACGGGAUGCUAGCCCUUCUGACUUUGUUCUGUUCUGAUGUUCUUACGCAGCUACGACCGGGUGACCUUCUUCCUGACCCCCCCAGCGCCCACCUUCCUCCGCCACAGACCCCUAGAAGACGCCGGGGGGUCCCUUGCCCCCAGUUUCCCAAGGCAGGGCCAAGAAGAACCCCCCACCGUCGCUGGGGCCUCCGGCUGCCCUCUGCCAGCUCCCUACUGCGCAAAGGACAAGGAAUUGGGGUCUGCGAUGUCGCCGGGGGCCGGGGACCAGUCCCCUCCGGGCCAGCCAGCCUCCCCCCGCGAGUCCAGCGGCUGCGCCCCCCCAGGCGCGGACCCCAAAGCUUGCCACUGGAAGAAGUAUCGCUUCAUCGUCCUCAACUCCAUGCUGCGCGAGGGGAGGCCGGACCCCCCCGAAUCGCACGGCCAGGCCGGCCGGGAUGGAGACCCCGGGGACGGAAGCCGCCUUCACAGGUCAGGGAGCCAGUGGGGACUUUACAGAUGGACUGCGGCCUGCAUGUUGUGAAAAUGGGGUUUAGUUUCCUCUUGGGGGCGUAGGACAGCGGGCGGAGGUCAGCUGGGUGCAGUAUAAGCUAAACAAGCUCUAGCUUAUUUGGGAGCUCCCCAAAAAUUUAAAGGGAUAAAAAAAACUGGAUGUACAUUUCCAAAAUUUAAGAUACGGUUCCGCCGCUGCGAGAAGCCAAGUUACAGGGAACCAGGCAGAGGGCCUUCUUGGUGGUGGCUCCCGGCCUGUGGAACGCCCUCCCACCAGAUGUCAAAGAGAUAAACAACUAUCUGACUUUUAGAAGACAUCUGAAGGCAGCCCUGUCUAGGGAAGCUUUUAAUGUUUAAUAGGUUAUUGUAUUUUAGUGUUCUGUUGGAAGCCGCCCAGAGUGGCUGGGGAAACCCAGCCAGAUGGGCGGGGUAUAAAUAAGAAAUUAUUACAGUGGUACCUCGGGUUAAGUACUUAAUUUGUUCCGGAGGUCCAUACUUAACCUGAAACUGUUCUUAACCUGAAGCACCACUUUAGCUAAUGGGGCCUCCUGCUGCUGCGCCUGCUGUGAGACCUGUGAUGAAAGACUGUGAAAAUCCCUGAAACGAGAAGGAAUCGACUAGAAAUAUUAUCUUAUAGAAUUAAACUAAAUAACAAAAAACAAAAAGUUUAAGGAAAAAAAUUAGAAAAACCUAGAACUGAACAAAGCCUUAACGGGAUGCCGGCUACAAAUCUCGUUUCACUGGACUAUUCAGUUUCCUCAGAAGGAAAUCGAGAAAUCGUAAACCUUAAAUGAUUUUAAACAAAUGCAAGAACAGGGCUGAAACGCUCCCCUGAGUUUACAAAAAGGGUUUGAAAACCUAAAUGGCAAGUUUUAGACAUGUUGUUGUUGUUGUUUAGUCAUGUCCGACUCUUCGUGACCCCCUGGACCAGAGCACGCCAGGCACUCCUGUCUUCCACUGCCUCCCGCAGUUUGGUCAAACUCAUGCUGGUGGCUUCGAGAACACUGUCCCACCAUCUCGUCCUCCGUCGUCCCCUUCUCCUUGCGCCCUCCAUCUUUCCCAACAUCAGGGUCUUUUCCAGGGAGUCUUCUCUUCUCAUGAGGUGGCCAAAGUCUUGGAGCCUCAGCUUCAGGAUCUGUCCUUCCAGUGAGCACUCAGGGCUGAUUUCCUUCAGAAUGGAGAGGUUGGAUCUUCUUGCAGUCCAUGGGACUCUCAAGAGUCUCCUCCAGCACCAGAAUUCAAAAGCAUCCAUUCUUCGGCGAUCAGCCUUCUUUCUGGUCCAGCUCUCACUUCCAUACAUCCCUACUGGGAAAACCAUAGCUUGAACUAUAUGGACCUUUGUUGGCAAGGUGAUAGCACAAAUUCAAAGAAAGGAAUACAAGAUAAGCUGUUUUAGAUUUUAAAACAAACUCAAGAACAGGGCUGAAAUGCUCCUUUGGUCUAGAUGUUACUGCUAUUGUUAAAGACUUAUUUCUAGUUGAUUACAGUGGUACCUCGGGUUAAAUACUUAAUUCGUUCUGGAGGUCCGUUCUUAACCUGAAACUGUUCUUAACCUGAAGCACCACUUUAGCUCAUGGGGCCUCCCACUGCUGCCACGCCACAGGAGCACGAUUUCUGUUCUCAUCCUGAAGCAAAGUUCUUAACCUGAAGCACUAUUUCUGGGUUAGCGAAGUCUGUAACCUGAAGUGUAUGUAACCUGAAGCGUAUGUAACCCGAGGUACCACUGUACUUCUCCUUUCAGGGAUUUUCACGCUAUUUCAUUUGUUUUGUGUAAUUUCUCGGUUCUUUGGCUGUCUUUUUUCUACUGUGAUGAAAGACUGGCUAUAGAUAGGAAGGACGUUUUAUGCCUGGCUCUGACCCUUCCUUCCUUCUGCUCUUGCCCAGGCUGCCUUCCUCUCAGCCCCACUGCUCCGCCUGCAACCAGCCAGCCCCCCUGCUUUGCUCCCACCCUCCAGAAGACGCUUCCAUGGGGCAGGGAGACCCCUGUGGUUCUGGUGAGUGGGAAGGGGCGGUUUCUGUUUCUCUCUUUUCCAAUCUGCCCCCGUAGGAACUGAACCCGGACCCUGUGGUCGCCACCGGGUGCCUGUCUUCGUGUGCCCCCUCGUCGCGAGGGCCGGAGGGCCGCAACACGAGGACGGGGCCUUUUGGGUGGUGGCUCCCCGCUUGUGGAACGCUGUCCUCAGGGAGGCUUGCCUGGCGCCAUCAUUAGACAUUUCUUUUCUGCCAGGUUUUGGGCUUUGAAUUAUCUGUAGCCUCCUUGAAUGGGUGGGAUGUUUCAACCCUGCUUUUUUCCAAAGCGAGAUCGCAGAGGGCCUUCUCGGUGGUGGCGCCCGCCCUGUGGAACGCCCUCCUGUCAGAUGUCAAGGAAAUAAACAGCUAUCAGACUUUUAGAAGACAUCUGAAGGCAGCCCUGUUUAGGGAAGUUUUGAAUGUUUGAUGUUUUAUCAUGUUUUUAAUAUCCUGUUGGAAGCUGUCCAGAGUGGCUGGGGAGGCCCGGCCAGAUGGGCAGGGUAUAAGUAUUAAAUUAUUAUUAUUAUUAUUAUUAUUAGUUUUCCUCCUGUGCUGGUUCUAACAUAUGCCUCUCUCCAUUUAUACAUUGUAAGUUGCUCUGAGUUCCUCUGGUUAUAAAAAAAAAGUGACUGAUAAGUUUUUAUUUUAUUUUUAAUUUUUUUUAAUUCAUUUUUCUUUUUCAUUCAUUACAUACAUCUCAAAUUCUUAACAUUUACUGUAUAUUCCUCCCUCCCCUCCAGGGCUUCUCCCAACUUCCGCUUCUGGUUUGUUUCUGUUUUCACCCACUUUGCUAUCACUUAAAAGUUAUUAAUAACAUAACACCUAAAAACAUAAAAAUAAAAGUAAACACACCAUCAUAUUUCACUUAUCUUCUAAACAUUUUCUAAUGUUGAUAAUGUAAAUGUUUGUUUAAAUCCUGUUAAAUCUAUUGACUUUCUUUGUUUCUGAAAAUAUAAUAUAAUAUGAGUGGUUCCCAAUCUUUUUCAAAGUCUCUGUUGCCUUUUUCUCUUAGUCUUUCUGUCAUUUUUGCCAGUUCUGCAUAGUUCAUCAACUUCUCUUGCCAUUGUUCUUUAGUGACUGAUAAAUUUAAUCAAUGAAUAAGUCUCCAUCUCUCCGCAUCAGUUCGCAAUUUGUUUAUUUUUCUAAACGGGUCUCGUGAAAACCCACCAGGAUCUUAGAGCGAAUUUCUCGUAACGUGCACAAGGUCGAACGCCGUUUUGCCUCGUUUUCACAUUUUUGGCAGAGCAAAGUUGCAUAUCGCAACACCUUUUUAACAGUAAUAAUAAUAAUAAUAAUAAUAGAUGAGUCAGUUGGUUAGAGCAUGGUGCUAAUAACACCAAGUUGCGGGUUCGAAUCCCGUACGAUAUUCCUGAAUUGCAGCGGGUUGGACUAGAUGACCCCCUAACCCUAACCCCUUGCAACUCUACAAUUCCGUGAGUCUAUGAAAAAGGGAUUUCGAGGCAGAAAGUGUGUUUUUGCACAGACUGGGCAGGCCCAAACGCCUCGCACUUGUGACUCCCCAGGGGCUGGCCCUUACGACUGCAGUGCCUGUGACUUAGGAUACCUGGAGGAAGAUGAAGAAGAGGGGGGAGGAGGAGGAAGGAGCCCUCCAGCCUCAGGAAGCGCCUUCGAGGAGAAGCCGUACAAAUGCCAUUUCUGCAACUCAACCUUCCGCUACAAAGGGAACCUAGCAAGCCACAGAUCUCUGCAUACCGGUUGGUUUUGCUUGAUUUUGAACAUGUCUAAACUGGGCUUUCAUUCAUUCCAGAACAUGGGCUCCGGGCCGGUGCAUAUAAAACUCAAAUGUCUAUACAGUGGACGCUCUUGUUGCGAAUGUGAUCCGUGCGGGAGGCACGUUCGCAACCCGCAGCGGUGCGCCUGCGCAUUUGCGGGUUGCGAUUCGGUGCUUCUGCGCAUGCGCAAAGUGCGAUUUAGCGCUUCUGCGCAUGUGUGACUGCCGAAACCCGGAAGUAACCCGUUCCAGUACUUCCAGGUUUCGGCGGUCCGUAACCCGAGAAAACACAACCCGAAGCGUCUGUAACCUGAGGUAUGACUGUAUAUCUAUAUAUCGAUAACAAUAAAUUAAACUUCAACAGGGACAAAUAUCAGGUUCUGCACUUAGGCAGGAAGAACCAGAAUGACAAAUAUAAGAUGGGGGACACCUGGCUUACUAGCAGUACAUGCAGACUAGGACCCUCGUACCUACGGGACCGCCUUUCCUGGUAUGCCCCACGGAGGACCUAAGUAACAACACUUUGGAAGUCCCGAGCCCCAAGGAGGUUAGAUUGGCCUCAACCAGGGGCAGGGCCUUUUCAGCUCUGGCCCCAGCCUGGUGGAACGCCCAGCAAAAGAAGCUAAUGGUAUUCUAGGCUGCAUCCGCAGACGUCUAGUGCCCAGAUCAAGAGAAGGAAUAGUCCCGCUCUUCUCUUCCUUGGUUAGAGCCCACCUGGAGUCCUCUGUCCAGUUUGGGGCACCACCAUUUAAGGAUAUUGACAAGCUGGAACAUGUGCAGAGGAGGGUGACCAAGUUGAUCAAGGGUCUGGAAAGCAAGCCAUAUGAGGAAUGGUUGAAGUAACUGGGUAUGUUUAGCCAGGAGAAGAGGAGACAUGAAAGCCAUCUUCAAAUAUCUGAAGGGCUGUCCCAUGUAGGAGGGAGCUCUUUCUCACAGCAAGGGCCGUUCGACAGGGGAACGGACUCCCUUGGAAAGUGGUAGACUCUCCUUCCUUGAAGGUUUUUAAGCAGAAGUUGGACGGCCAUCUGUCAGGGAUGCUUUAGUUGAGAUGCCUGCAUUGCUGGGGGUUGGAAUGGAUGACCUCUGGGGGUCCCUUCCAACUGUGAAUCCAGGAGUCUAUUCAGAGUGGGGAGAUGGAGUCCUGUAUUGGUGGGCGGGGGAGGGGGGGAUUCAGAGCAGUGUGACCAGCCCCUGAAGCCUCACCUGUGCCACUGCUACCUGUCGCGCUUAGGAGAGAAGCCGUACCACUGCGGGAUUUGUGGCGCCCAGUUCAACCGUCCGGCGAAUCUCAAGACUCACCUGCGUAUUCACUCCGGGGAGAAGCCCUACAAGUGUGAGACUUGCGGAUCUCGUUUUGUGCAGGUAAACAAAAAAGUGGGGGGAGAUACCUGGCAGGGACGGGAGGACUCCCUGGUCCUGAAUGGGGCAACUGUGCCCCUGAAGGACCAGGUGCGCAGCCUGGGAGUCAUUCUAGACUCACUGCUGUCCAUGGAGGCGCAGGUCAGCUCUGUAUCCAGGGCAGCCGUCUACCAGCUCCAUCUGGUACGCAGGAUGAGACCCUCCCUGCCCACAGACUGUCUCGCCAGAGUGGUGCAUGCUCUGGUUAUCUCUCGCUUGGACUACUGCCAUGCGCUCUACUUGGGGCUACCUACUUGGGGUUUUUUUUGGUUUUUUAAAAUGAUAUUUAUUGAUUUUUUAAAAAAAAAUACAAAAAAAAAGACAGAACAGAAAAAAGAAAAAGGAAAAAAGGAAAAAUAAAUCCAUCAUUCUCAAAUUCAAAUUCUCAACUUUCAUUACCUUCUUUCUUUGACCUCCUCCUCCUCCCUUUUCUUGUAUCCCAUACUUGGGGCUACCUUUGAAGGUGACCCGGAAACUGCAACUAAUCCAGAAUGCGGCAGCUAGACUGGUGACUGGGAGCGGCCGCCAAGACCACAAUGUAGGUCUUGAGAGACCUACAUUGGCUCCCAGUACGUUUCCGAGCACAAUUCAAAGUGUUGGUGCUGAUCUUGAAAGCCCUAAAUGGCCCAGUAGACCUGAAGGAGCGUCUCCACCCCCAUUGUUCAGCCCGGACACUGAGUCCAGCUCCGAGGGCCUUCUGGCGGUUCCCUCCCUGCGAGAAGCCAAGUUACAGGGAACCAGAGAGAGGGCUUCUCGGUGGUGGCGCCCGCCCUGUGGAACUCCCUCCCACCAGGUGUCAAAGAGAAAAAUAACUACCAAACUUUUAGCCCUGUUCAGGGAAGCAUUUAAUGUUUAAUAGGUUAUUGUAUUUUAGUGUUUUGUUGGAAGCCGCCCAGAGUGGCUGGGGAAACCCAGCCAGAUGGGCGGGGUAUAAAUAAUAAAUUAUUAUUAUUAUAUUAUUAUAAACAUAGCCCUAUUAAGAAAUUGAGGUUUUAAGUUUCAAACAGACUCAAAAACAGGGCUGAAGCACUCCUGACUGCCGAUGUUAAAGAAUGCGCUAUCCUGGCGGCUGAAGUAACUGCAUUCCCGCAGAGCUGUCCAGCCAUCGAUCAUUCCUCCUUCCUUCUCCCAGGUCGCUCACUUGAGAGCCCAUGUCCUGAUCCACACCGGGGAGAAGCCCUACCCCUGCGGGAUGUGCGGGACUCGAUUUCGGCACCUGCAGACCCUGAAGAGCCACCUCCGUAUCCACACGGGAGAGAAGCCUUAUCAUGUGAGUGGAGAGGGAGCUUUUUUUUUAUACCGUAUAUACUGUAUUUUAUGCUGCUGCUAUGUUGUACAGUCAUAGCUCAGGUUACAGACGCUUCGGGUUGCGCGAUUUCGGGUUGCGCACCACGCCAAACCCGGAAUGUCCCACAGAGGAACUUACGGUCUUCCAACAAAAACAUCUUGGAGUUCCCGGGCCACAGGGAGGUUAGGCUGGCCUCAACCAGAGCCAGGGCCUUUUCGGCUGUGGCCCCGAUCUGGUGGAACGCUCUGUCACAAGAGACUAGGGCCCUGCGGGACUUGACAUCUUUCUGCAGGGCCUGCAAGACAGAGCUGUUCCACCAGGCCUUUGGCCAAGGCACACUCUGACCCCCUCCUAGGGUAAUCCUCAUAGAACUUCUAGCCCAAAUGGUUGCCAUUAAUUUGAUUAGAAUUAAUUUUAUAAUGAAAUGAUUUUAGAAUGUUGUGUCAUUUUACUGUUGUUAGCCGCUCUGAGCCCGGCUUCGGCCGGGGAGGGUGGGAUAUAAAUAAAAUUUAUUAUUACUAUUAUUCAUGGUGUGUUUGGUGUGGCAGAUGACCAGGUGACCAGGGGCAUAGGAAGGGGGGGCAGGGGGCGGUGCGCCCCAGGUUCCAUCAUGGAGGGGGAGGGACAAAUUAUCAAGGAACAAUUACUGCCCUACUAGGGUGGUUCAUAAUUUAUUUAUUUUCAAAUGUCUCCUCCAAAGGCCUUAUCUUACUACACUAGGGAUUAUAUAGCUAUAUAUCAAAUUUCAUGCACAUCAGUUAAUAUCCUGACCCUCCUCUAUGACAAUACAGUGGAUGCUCAGGUUGCAAACAUGAUCCGUGCGGGAUGCAUCUUCGCAACCCGCAGCGUUCACAACCCACAGUGCCGCGCCGGCGCACGUGCAGGUCGCGAUUUGGUACUCCUGCGCAUGCGCAUAAGGCGAUUUAGUGUUUCUGCGCAUGCGCGAGCGCCGAAACCCAGAAGUAACCCAUUCCGGUACUUCCGGCUUUGGCGCGGUGCUCAACCCGAAAUCGCGCAGCCCGAAGCGUCUGUAACCCGAGAUAUGACAUUACAACAUAGCAGCAGCAUGAAUCAUGAAUGACAAUAAAAUUCAAAGUUCAGAAAUCAAAAUGGGGGAAAUCCAUCUAAUAAGUACAGUGGUACCUUGGGUUACAUAUGCUUCAGGUUACAGACUCUGCUAAGAAAUAGUGCUUCAGGUUAAGAACUUUGCUUCAGGAUGAGAACAGAAAUUGUGCUCCGGCAGCGCGGCAGCAGCAGGAGGCCCCAUUAGCUAAAGUGGUACCUCAGGUUAAGAACAGUUUCAGGUUAAGAACGGACCUCCGGAACGAAUUAAGUACUUAACCCCCCGAGGUACCACUGUAUUAGAUAGUCACCAGGGCUAGCUGGCUGAAUUGGUCCUACUUGGGCCAGCGAUGAGACCAGGGGAGAAUUAGCUGUGGGGUCUCAGAGUGGGUAAUCUUCAUAAAAGGGGAGGGGGAGGGAAAAGAAGGGAAAUAAAAGAUCAGGCUGAAUUCAAAUUAAAGGCCUGGCGGAAUAGCUCUGUCUUAUAGGCCCGGCGGAAGGAGGUUAAAUCCUGCAGGGCCCUGGUCUCCUGGGACAGAGCAUUCCACCAGGUCGGAGCCACCACUGAGAAGGCCCUGGCCGUGGUGGAGGAUAGUCUGGCUUCCUUAGGGCCUGGGACUCCUAAACUAUGGUUAUUCAUGGACCUUAAGGUCCUCUGUGGGGCACCGGGUUGGGGAAAGCCGUCCUGCAGCCCUCUGGGACGGAGGCGCCCGCCUUGACACCUGUCUUCUCUUCACAGUGUGAGAAAUGCGACGUCCGCUUCCGCCACAAGAGCCAGUUGCGGCUGCACCUGAGGCAAAAACACGGCGCCAUCACCAACACCAAAAUCCGCUACAAAGUCCUCGAGGGCCCUUACGCUGGUCUCUGCUGAGCGGGGAGCGUAUUGCGCGGUUUCGGCCGGAUCCACAAAUCCGCCGACUGGCGGAUUCUGCGCUCAGGUAUCUGAGUGGAAUCUUCCGUAUCCUGCACCUGAGAGCUGGACCUUUUCGGUGUCUGAAACGCAGAAUAUCCGACGCCCUAAAUGGCGCGCGUCACAUUCUUGCAUAGCUGUCAACUUUUCUCGCGAGGAAUCCUAUUCGGAAUAAGGGAAUUUUAAAAAAGGAAAACAUUGGCAGCUAUGCAUUCUGGGUGACUGCAUUUUUUCAUUAUUUAAAGAGGUUCCUGCAAAGAAUUAUAUAUAAAAAAAGAACCAUUCAGACGUCUGCCGGAUCCAAACCCUGAAAUUUAGAUAAUUCGGUGAGUUUCGAAUGUUUAAAUUGAGAGCUAAUUAUUAUUCAGAAUCAGGGCGGGGGAGAUAUUGAGCAAACAUUCUUGGUUCAUGCCCCCAACCUCCAAGAUAUAAACCCACUAGGCGCUACUCCCCUCUUGGGGGUUAGAGAAGAAACCCCAAAAGCUGGUGAACGGCUCUGCAGGCAGAGCUGUGAUAGUAAAAGCAGAAUUUCCAAGCCACGUCUAGUCUCUUGCCUUCUUUGUUUAUAUGUUCCUUUUUGUGUCGCCUGGGAAGCGGCGCAAAAAUUUGGUGCUCGGAGGGGGAGAGGUGUAAGGCAGGCGAGAAAGUCUGCGAAUUAGGAGCAGAAAAAGCUGUUACGCCUGCUAUACACCUCUUGGGCUGCAGAAAUGCACUGUCCCUUUAAGGCACACCCUUUCCCCCAAAGGAUUCUGGGAACUGUAGUUUGCUGAGGCCGCGAGGAGUUAAAAACUACAGCGCCCAGAAUUAUUUGGGGGAAAGAAUUUGCUUCCGAUGUGCUUUAUGGGGCGGCCUUAAUACCACACGGUGUAAUUUGUUAGGGGCUGCUGGGAGUUGUAGCGUGGCUCAUUAGCAAUGAUCAAACCCUGAACAAACUAGAGUUCCCUCCCAUAAUUCACUGGAGGGGGGCCACGGCGCUGGAUCCCCAAGAUGCUUUGGGGACUGUGGAUUCCAGAAUCCUCUGGGGCACAUUCAGCCCAGUACUUGACCCCCUUGACCAGCAGAGUCUCUCAGGCAGACUUUUCCCUGCUCCUGGCAGCCGGAGAUUCGAACCCAGAACCUUCUGUGUGCAAAGCAGGGGUCCCUGCUACUGACCCCCCACCCUAGCUAUGGACUCUGCUUUUCUCCUCCACAGGACAUAAGCUAGAGUUAAGAGGAGUUUAUUAGAAUCAUUGUUUGACUUCCUUUUGUGUUUUUUUAACGUUAUGUGUAGUGUACUUUGCUCUUUGUAAAUGUGUUAUUUUGCUGGCCAAAUCUGUCUUGUCUGUUCCUAGUGCUCCAUUGUUAUUCUUGAUUAUUAUUAUUAUUAUUAUUAUUAUUGCUGCUGCUGUUUCCUUCUUCUGACUGCGAUGCUGCUUUGUUUGCCGAUCUUCCUCUUAAGUUGCGGGUUGCGUGGGCUGAUUCCACCCCAUACCCUUAAAGCGCGGUGCGAUACCACGGCUUCCCCCAGAGAAUCAUGGGAACUGUAGUUUGUUCAUGACACUGAGAGUUGUUAGGGGAGCCUUCUAUUCUCCCCACAGAGCAACAGUUCCCAGAAUUCCCUGGGAGGUGGGAUUGACUCUCAUGGGAGUCCUGGGAGCUAUAGUUUGCUAAGAGUGUUGAGAGGAGACCCCCAUAUGCCCCUCAUAGUACUAUAGUUCCCAGAGUGCUUUAACCAUCGAUCCCUCUUCCCGGGGGAUUCUGGGAAUUGUGCCUCUGCGGGGGGGGGGGCGGCGGAUAAGGCAGGGUCCCAUAUUUCAAGAAGUAAAAAUCUGGACACGAAAAGCUUUUUUAAAGGAAAGUCGUUGAGCCCAGAUUUGCCCGGACACUUAAUUUCGUCAUUGGAAUCCCGGGAAAGUCCGGGUGUACGGCCUUCUCAGCACCCUUGGGUGUCAGUUCCCAUAAUUCCUUGGGGGAAGCGCCAGCUGUUUAAAGUGGAAUCAAAGCGCUUUGAAAAGAUGGUGUGGACAAAGCCAUAUUCAGAGAACCUUAUCCGGAAUUGGGCCUGGCAGGGGCAGAAAGUGGGGAAGGGGGACACAGUGAGGUCUGGAACCUCAGCCUAAGAACUUUCCAGAAGAGGUCUGGAACCUCAGAAAGAGAGGAAAAAGCUAAUGAACAAUAGGAAACGCCUUGAGAAAGCACCAGCCUGCCUCCUCCAGAUUUUGCUUUUUCCUUUUUCUUUGCAUGCAUGCAUCAGUUUUCAGGAAAUGAGAUGAUUUCCAUUUUUAAAGGGAGUUAUUAGGAAAAGGCCUCCCCUCCGGUGAGAGAGGAAGGAAGGUUCUGUGUUGACAUGGGGCUGAAGACGACACCCCCCCAAAGUGGAAAAUGAAUGUCGGUGCCUGAUCUCCGAAGACCUGGGUUCGAAAGGUGCGCUUUUUGAAGGCGCCCCUGGUGUCUGGACAAAGGGGCAUGUCGUGGAAUUGUGGCUUUCAAUGCCAGGAAUUGGAUCAAUCGGGCUGGUUCCCUUUUGGUCUGGGUAAAGUUUGGAGGGGGGGGCAGAAAGAUACAAGGGUCUGUCUGGGUUUUGAAAUAUAUCUAUAUGUAUUUAUUCACGCAUGCCUGCAACAAAACAAUCUCUUUGUAAGGUCGCCAAACUUUAUAUCCUUGCGUUGUUUCAAUAAAGCUAAAGUUGUCCGGCG